CACAGCUUUCUUAAGGCGACGGCUCAAAUCCUGAUAAAGAAGAAAAAGUUUCGAUGGAUCCAGACGCUGUAGCGAAGGCGUUCGUCGAUCACUACUACUCGACAUUCGAUGCGAACCGGGCCGGUUUAGGCAAUCUCUACCAGGAAGGUUCCAUGUUGACCUUCGAAGGUCAAAAGAUCCAAGGCUCUCAAAGCAUUGUCGCUAAGCUAGCCAGCCUUCCUUUCCAGCAGUGCAAGCACAAUAUCACCACCGUCGAUUGCCAGCCAUCCGGCGCAGGCGGCGUGCUCGUGUUCGUCUCUGGUACGCUACAACUCGCCGGCGAGCAGCAUGCUCUCAAGUUCAGCCAGAUGUUUCAUUUGAUGCCAACACCACAAGGAAGCUUCUAUGUGUUGAAUGACAUAUUCAGGUUAAACUACGCUUGAAGAAACACAAAUCGCUACAAGCGAUGGAAAUACAAUCUCUCAAGGAUUUAUAAUUUAAUCCGGUUAUCUCUCUCUUCAGUUUUAGUCAUUUUAAAUG